AUGUCUACCAGCAUCAUCACCAAAGUCAUGUCUCUAGACUCGCACUCAGGCGUUCCAUCGGUUCCAAACCCUACGCCCGCUACUGAACCCAUCACUAGUCCUUUCGGCAGCGAUCCUGUCGACCCUCCUCCCGAGAUGGACUACAACGCUGUCGCCAGGAUACUCGCUCCCAUCCAGGAGUCUCUCAAUGAAGCCGCCAUGGAGGCUGGCUACCCUUCGCCACCUAUCAACACGCCCGAAGUUGGCUCUCCAGCUCCCUCCGUUGUCUAUCGUCAACCUAUCACUCGCGGUCGCGGUUUCAGCGUCAUCGGCGAUAGGCUCGCUCAACUGAAGAUCGACGACCGCAAGCUUCGCCACCGUGACGCAGACAUGAGCUCGAGCAACUACUCGCCUGAGCCCUCUGUUGCCGAGGAUGAGGAAGCGGACAUUGCCAGCAUAUCCGAGGUGUUGAGCGAGAGUGGCAAGGACAAACAGGGCUCUGCGGACGCUCGUAAGCUUCCUGCCUCUCUUGUUAUAGCUACAGGCUCAGUUCCUAUCGCUCUAGGUUCCCCUGCGGUAAACCCGCGCAUCGAAGAGUACUUGUCUUUCACCUCCAACGACUUGCCGACAAACUCUGUUGCUCCUUGCUUUCCUUCAACGCUCAUGGAGACCAGCACGGAGUCUGUCAAGACCGUUGUCGAUGGCAGUGACCGCACUAGCUUGAAGAGUGACGGCGUCACUGAGAAGAGCAACUGGGCCGAGGAACUGGAGGACGCCGUCGAUAGGGCAUGUAUGCGUCUCGAGCAACUCGCAGAAGACGAGGUCAAGUCGGACUCCAGCAAGAGCUUCGAAGACUACUACAUCGCUCGUCUUGAGCGCCUGCUCGGUAGUGCCAAACGGUCUGUCCCUGUCCACAUCCAGAAGGCCAAGACAGUACGCGAGGAGACAGCAUAA